AUGGCAGCAACAUCAGGGAAGAUUGUUCAAAAUGUUUUUAUGUCACACUGCUGCCAACAGAAUACACAGUCCAGUUCACCGAGUCGAAGGGACUAUUGUGCCCCUUAUUUGCGCAACUUCCUUCCCUCUCCUCCAGGGAAGUUGACAUGGAGUAGCAUCUCUUCCAUGCAAUUGCGCACGUUAUCGAAACCCCAGAACAAUUUUACUUUCCGGAGAAAUAUUCUCUGCAAUGCUUCUGCAUCUUCUACCGUCGUGCCACAUCUUGACAAAGCAGACUUUCUAAAGCUUCAAAAUGGCAGUGACAUACGUGGUGUGGCUCUAGAUGGUGUUGAGGGAGAGGGGGUUAACCUCACUGAACCUGUUGCUGAAGCAAUCGGAGCUGCUUUCGCCGCAUGGUUAGUGGAGAAAAAGAAAGCAAAUGCUUCUCAGCAUUUGAGAGUUUCCAUUGGCCAUGAUUCCAGGAUAUCAGCCAAAUUCCUACAGAAUGCGAUUUCUCGAGGGCUUGCUGGUGCUGGCUUAGAAGUUGUCCAAUAUGGAUUAGCAUCAACACCAGCUAUGUUCAACAGCACACUUACAAAGGAUGAAGCAUUUCUUUGUCCUGUUGAUGGGUCUAUUAUGAUAACAGCAAGUCAUCUACCUUUCAACAGAAAUGGAUUCAAAUUUUUCACCAAUGCCGGUGGUCUUGGGAAGACUGACAUCAAAGAUAUCUUAGAGCGAGCUGAAAAAUUAUACAAUCAAUUUACAGCAGAAAGUUUAACAAAUUCUGAGAAAAAGGCUUCAGUAUCUAUUAAGACAGUUGAUUACAUGUCUGUGUAUACAUCUGAUCUAGUAAAAGCAGUUCGCAAAGCAGCUGGAAACAUAGAGAAACCAUUGGAGGGUUUCCAUAUCGUUGUUGAUGCAGGCAAUGGAGCAGGUGGUUUUUUUGCUGCAAAGGUGCUGGAACCUCUCGGGGCAAUAACUUCUGGUAGUCAAUUUUUGGAGCCUGAUGGUUUGUUUCCAAACCAUAUCCCCAAUCCCGAGGACAAGACAGCAAUGAAAGCUAUAACCCAGGCUGUCCUUGAUAACAAAGCUGAUCUUGGAAUUAUCUUUGAUACUGAUGUGGACAGAUCUGCUGCUGUGGAUUCCACCGGCCGUGAGUUCAACCGGAAUCGCUUGAUUGCCUUAAUGGCAGCUAUUGUUCUUGAAGAACAUCCCGGAACAACUAUUGUCACAGACAGCGUGACUUCUGACGGCCUUACCACAUUUAUUGAAAAGAAACUUGGUGGCAAACACCAUCGGUUCAAAAGAGGCUACAAAAAUGUGAUUGAUGAAGCUAUUCGAUUGAACUCUAUUGGCGAGGAGUCACAUCUGGCAAUUGAAACCAGUGGACAUGGAGCUCUUAAGGAGAAUAAUUGGCUUGAUGAUGGUGCAUACCUAAUGGUCAAGAUCUUAAAUAAACUUGCUUCUGCAAGAGCUUCUGGUGUGGGUGGAGGAAGCAGUGUUUUGACUGGUCUAAUAGAAGGGCUCCAGGAACCAGGUUUUGCUGCAGAACUGAGAUUAAAGAUUAACCAAAACCAUCCAGAUCUUAAAGGAGGAUCUUUUCGGGAAUACGGAGAAACUGUGCUGAAACAUUUGGAGAGCUCAAUUGGCUCUGAUCCAAAUCUGCAAAAGGCUCCUGUAAACUAUGAAGGGAUCAGAGUUUCUGGCUAUGGUGGGUGGUUCCUUCUUAGACUAUCACUUCAUGAUCCUGUACUUCCCCUUAACAUUGAGGCACGUAAUAACGAAGAUGCUGUGAAGCUUGGACUUGUUGUGCUUGCAGCUGUAAAAGAGUUUGCAGGUUUAGACACAUCAGCCUUGAACAAAUUUGUAGGAUCAUGA